CCUGCUUAUUAGAAAUUUCAGGUUAGAAAAUACUUAAUUGUGUUUUUGUAAAUUGUAUCAUCAUUUAUGGUAUUUUUUUAAAGUUUCCAAUUUUUGACAAUCUUAAAUUAUAUCAUAUUAUUAGAAUACAUCUGACAUCAUAUUUUACCUAUUACAAAAGUUAUACAUACAUCAUUUAAAUAUAUAUUUUAAAAUGCAAAGUAGUUAUAAAGUUUGCAAAUCCAUUUUCGAUGUAAAAUCAGUGAUCUCGACUGAAGACAAUUCUUUUGAUGUGCGAAUAGAAUCUGCAUUGCCAGAAGCAACAAAGAUUGAAAAAUGUAUCUUAGGAAUUGAUGAAGCUGGUCGUGGUCCUGUCCUCGGUAAUAAAUAAUAAUAUACAUACAAAUAUAAUUUUAACAAAAUAUUGAAUGUCUAACAUUCAUAAGUUUAAACUUGUUACUGAUUGUUUAAUAUAAUGAAGGUCCAAUGGUUUACGGAACAGCUUAUUGCUCCAUGAAUAAUCAAACUAUAUUAAAAACAUUAGGAUGUGCAGACUCUAAAGUUUUAACAGAAAAUGCGCGUGAUGAAAUCUUUGACAACAUAAACAAGCAAGCCGACAUACUUGGAUGGGCUGUACACAUUAUAUCACCUACAACAAUAAGCAAUUGUAGCUUUAGAAGGUAGCUAUUUAAGAUUAAAAUAAGAAUUUGUACACUUAUGUACUAAAUAGAAUACUGUAAUAUUUACUUUUGUUGAAGUGUUUUUAUUCAACAUGCUUGUUUAAAUAACUACCAUUAUAUAUACAAUUUAUACUUAGUACCGUGGAAAUUAGAUAUUCUUACAAAGCAAUUAUUAAAAGAAAUCAAAUCUUCCUUUAUAAGUCACUACUACUACUUGUACCUAUACAUUUUAAUUAAAUAUUUGUUUUAGGCAAAAGUGUUCUUUAAAUGAAAUUUCACAUAAUUCAGCAAUUGGUUUAAUACAGCGAGUUUUGGAUAGAGGAGUUAAUAUUUGUGAAGUAUAUGUUGAUACUGUUGGCCCUGCUGAAAAAUACGAAGUAAGAAUAAUAUUAGACAAACAUUUUUUAACAGAAAAAAUAAAAUAAAAAAUGUAAUCCUAUAUUAUAUACAUUGAGAUACUGUCUGUUUGUUAUACAAAUCUUCAGUUUAUUACAGUCUCAAUGAAACUUUGUAUAUUUGAAAUUUAAUAUAAGAUGAAAGUUUUUUUUUUUUUAGGCUUAUUCUAAGGUAUUUAGGACCUUUGCUGCUUCCACAAUCUCACUCCAAACUUUUCUAUGUGUUACCAGUUCUUCUCUAUUCCUUAAACAUAUUAUUUGUUUGUUUUUGUCAAACUUGGUAGAGACCCAGGUUCCACAAGCAUAAAGCACUAUCGGUGUAACAAUGUCUUAUAUAAUCCGAUUUUUGUUUUUCUUAACAACUUUUUGUUAACCUUGCCGCUUAUUUAUUGAUUAUUUUCCUUGAAACUCUAGGAACUCCACUGUUUUUUUUUUACAAAAUUCUUAGUUUUUUCCCCACAUAUCAUCAAUAUACUGCUAGUCUACCCUGUUGGUCACAGUAAUUUUAGAAUGUGUUCAUAAUUUAUAUUUUUUUUAAAUUUAUUUUUUACCUACCACUUAUGGAUGAAGUAUUGUUGAUGAGUAAUUAUUAUAUAUUUUAUUAUUUAAAUUUAUUGUAUAUUUUUUAAAUAAUACUGCUGUUUUUAUUAUUAUUGGCUGUAAUUAUUGUAUUACUACAUUUUUUAAACAAUUUUUUUUGCGUUAAAAUUGUAUAUUGUAUAUGCUGAAAUGUCUGCAUUUAAUUAGUGUAUACUCCCAGGGCCAAAAUUUAGAAUAUCUUAUAUUUUCUGUGUGUUUGUUUAUCUGUCCAUCUGUGUAGUACUGAUAUAAUUUGACAUAAUUACAGUUGUUGAUUUAGUGAACAAGGAGAUAAAUAUUAUUUAUUUAUUAUUUAUUAUGCAUAAUUAUAACCUAAAUCAUUAUGUGGUUUAAAAUUAUGCUUAUUUUAAGCAUGAUAAGAUGAGUGAUUAGCCAAUAUAUCAAAAAAAUAGGUCCAAAAUUUAAAUACAUCAAGAUUUAUAAAAAAAUAUCCUUUUCAUUAUUUACAAAUUAAGAUAUUUAAUUUAUUUAUAGAAUUAAACUUUAUUAUUUAAAAUACAUUUAUAACCCCGAAACUUUACAUGCUCGCAGAGUGGACUAAACUAGUUAUUAAUUGAUUCAUAUUUUAUGUUUAGGCAAAAUUAUCAUCAAUAUUUCCUCAAUUGAAAAUUACAGUAUCUAAAAAAGCUGAUUCUUUAUUUCCAAUUGUAAGUGCUGCCAGUAUUUGUGCUAAAGUGACCCGUGAUGCAGCAUUGAAAAAUUGGAAAUUCAUUGAGCGACCCGGUGAAUGUAUUGAUUCAAAUUGGGGAAGUGGUUACCCAAAUGGUAAAAAAAAAAAAACAACAAUAACAACUAAAAAUAAAAUGUCUAUUAAAGACCUUUUUCCAAAAUGCAUAAUAUUACCUUUAAAAUCAUUUUUAUUAGAUCCAGUAACAAAAGAUUAUUUGAAGAAAAAUAUUGAUCCAGUAUUUGGAUUCCCAAGUAUUGUACGAUUUUGCUGGUCUACAGCAGAAUUGAUUCUAAAAAAUCAUGCAGCACAAGUAGACUGGUUAGUGCACAUAAUUGUUUAAAGUUUAUUAUUUAUUACAUAUGCAUUUUUAAAUUGUAUUAUAUUGUAUUUUUAAGGUCUGAUGAUGAAGAAGAGAAUACAGAUAAGACAACUGUUCCAAUAACAUCAUUCUUUGGGCAAAAUAAAGAACAAGUUAAUCAAAAGACACCCUUUUUUGAUGAUAGGGGUUUAGUAGUAACAACCUCAAUUUAAAAAUGUAUAUGUAUUAUAGUUAUUCAUUUUAACAUUUUUUGGGAAAAAAAUUACAAUAUAAAAUAUUCUAUGUAAUAUGUAACUAAAAAAAAAAUUAUUUCUAAUGUACUUGUGAUUUUUUAUGACCUACCAUUUCAUAUGCAUUGCUUUAUAUAAUUUUCAAUAUAUUUAUUAUACUAUAAUAGUAUAAUAUAACAAUAUUCCAUUACACUGUAUUAUGUAUUAUGUAACAAUUACCAGAUUUCUGGUUAUUGCUACAUUUGUUUUUGUAUUUAUUUUAGAAACUAAUCUCCUUGUUUUACAGUACUAUUUAACACGUUAACUGGUCUUGCACUUUGUCUAAUGUUCAAUAAUAUUGUUCUAGGGGCCAUGUGUACAUUUUUGUGUGCACACCUUAAAUUACUAUACUUGCUUUCAUAUACAUUAUUACGAAAAUCGACCUUCUUGGACUUACUAUCUUCGUGUCCAAAAACCUGACACUAAAAUGUUGAUUUUAGAUAGGAAUUUGAAUUGAAUCUCAUAGCAGAACCAUUUCUGUAUUUUUAGCUAUUAUGUAGCAUGAAUUGUUCUUAAAUUAAUAUAAAAUAUAUGUAUAUUAUUUUGAUACAAUCGAAAAUAUGAAUUUAUAUUAGAAUGUCAUUUAAAAAUAUAAUAAAAAAUUAUGCCCAUAAAAAGGAAGUUAAGUUAUUGAAUAUCUUUGUUUAAAAUUUGGCAAAUAUACAAUAAAACCUACACAUUAACAUUAAAUUUGCAGUGUAAAAAUUGUACAGAUAACCAGG